AUGCUGAGCAUCAAGAGUGCGAGCACCCCCGUCCAGGUCCUUCUUGUCAACCAGGAUGAUGGAGGUGGUGACCGAUCGAGAAUCGGCGGACCAAGCUUGCUUAAAGUCAAUUCCUCCCACCUUUCCGGGAGAGAGCCGAGUAUUCUUGGCACAAGCGCGGUUAAUCAGCCUCUGCUUUCUUUAAAUCCUCCUCCGAACGACGACGACUACCACUGCAACCUGGGUGAAUCCGAAGGAUUACUUCAGCCUAAUUUGUGUCCUAGCCUCUUUCUUCCACCUAAUUCUGGCCAGCUUCAUCUGGACCGAUGUCGCCGUGUUCUACCGCAGAAUCAAAACACUUGCGGUUUCUUCAUAUCCGUGUUGGUAAAGAUUCGACAUCUUCCUUGGAUGAAUGCCACUAAGGGGAAAAAGAGUGUGGAUGACCAGUGUUUCAUCAAGUCGGUGAAUGUAAACGGUAGAACAGAAGAAAAAUCCGUAGAAGAGCCUGAGGAGAAAGAUCGGGAUGUGGACCAAGAUGCCGAUUGUAUCCGCUUUGUUAACACUGGCGUCCGUCUUUUUACGGUGACCGAGGAGCUACCUCCUCUUACAAAAUGUCAUCCAUCUUGCCGAUAUGUUUAAAUGCCCUUAGUCGCUUCUAUGUCGCCUGAAGUCCAAGAGAAAUGGGAGAAAAUAGAGAUGGGUCCUGUGCUUAUCGAGUACCGACCGGCCUCGAGUCGUAGCGCCUCAAGUGACCAGGAGUAA